AUGGCUGUAGGCUCCCCUCCCCGCUACAUAAAGAGGCCCUCCUACCACCGCCGAGGUCCUGCUAGCCUGGGCUCUCUCGGAUCCGUGCCCGAAGACGACCUGCCCAUCAUGACGAACCCCACCAUCGACGCGAAAUUCAGAUCCGAGCCAGACUUAGGCGUGUCCGCAAACUCAGCGAAGCCGCUGCCUGGCGAUUCCACCCAUGCUGGUUCUGCGCUGCUCGGCAACGAUGCCACCCCGGUGCCGCUGUCCACGCCGGGACUCUCCCGCUCAAACUCGUUCUCUGCCAGCUCUGCCUACGAUUCAGAUGCCGAGGAAGCCAGCUUCUUUCCGCCUGUCGAGCGGCUCACGAUGUUCGACUUCAUCGAGAAUCUGGCUUUGACGGAAAGGAUGGAGAAGUUGCAGAAGUCCGUUUCCGCGCAGGGCAAGCGACUGAGGGAAACCGCAAAGACCCGAACAGCAAGUACAAGAGACCGUGCAAUCGAAGAAUGGCGACGACGUGUACCCAACGAGUCCGAGCAACUAGACAAGUACAAGAAGCGCAUGCGUCAGUCUGUCGAACGUCUAAGCGAGCAGUGGGCGUCUAAUACCGCCGUGACUGCACGAGAAAAGGUCUCCUUCAUUGCCGCUGUCAUGAACAUAUUCGUCUCCGGGUACCUUGUAGGCGGUCGUCCUGAAUGGUUUCCUCUGUGGUACACAGCGCAGCUGCUGUACUUCAUGCCCCUCCGCUACUACACCUACCACAAGAAAGGCAAGUUCUCCGAGUACAAGGUGGAUUUGCUCUUCCAGUAA